AUGAUAUGGGUUCUUGAUGGUGUUGGCGGUAGUGGGGUGGCGGCGUCGACCUUCGUGAUCUUCCUCCUGCUGGAGUUGGCGUGGCGGCUGUGGCAGGGGAAGCCGGCGAGGCUGAACGACGCCUACACGUCCCUCGGGCUCGGGAUCAUGCACGAGGCCACGCUCUUCGCCUCCGAAACGGCUCUGCUGGUCGGCUACGAGUGGCUUUAUCAGUACCGUCUGUUCGAUCUGGCGUGGGAUUCGUCUGUCAGUUGGUGGGCCUCCUUCUUCAUGGUGGAUUUCGUCUACUACUGGGUCCAUCGCGCCAAUCACGAGAUCAACCUGCUGUGGGCCGCCCACCAGGUGCACCAUUCCUCCGAGGACUACACCCUCCCGACGGGCCUCCGCCUCUCGAUGUUCCAGCGCCUCACCUACUUCGGGUUCUACCAGCCUCUCGCCCUCCUCGGCCUCCCCAUCACCUCCGUCAUGGUGCACCUCGGCCUCAACUACCUCUUCCAGUUCUGGGUUCAUAACGAGGCUGUUAAGAAGAUGGGGCCCUUGGAGUGGGUGUUUAAUACCCCGUCACACCAUCGAAUGUCAUGA